AUGAAAAUUCUCUGUCUACAUGGAAAAGGCACAAGUGCAAGUAUAUUAGAGAAACAAACAGCGGCUUUCCGACGGCAUCUGCGCGCUCUAGAGCCAGAAACACGAAUUGUCUUUGACUUUAUUGAUGGACCUCUUUCUGCAGAUCCUGCACCGGCAAUAGACAAAUUCUUCGCAGGUCCUUUUUACUCAUUCUACCCCUCUGCUUCCAUUGACAAUUUACGCUCUGUGCAUACUUGGCUACUCAAAGUCUUAGAAAAGCAAGGCCCUUACGAUGGAGUGCUUGCUUUUUCUCAGGGGUGUGCUUUGGCUGCUACUUUGAUGCUUGAAAUACAAGCUGCUUCCAAAGCACAGCCUUUCAAAUUCGCCGUUCUUAUAUGUGGAGGAGUACCCCUUUCAUAUCUUGCUGGAAAGGGGUAUAAAGUUGAGGAAGAAGCAAAACAAUAUGACGAACAAGCUCGCCUAGCAUUAUCUUCCCAAGCAUCGUUAGAUGCACUUCUCCAAAAUGGCAGUCAGCGAUGGACUCAAAACUUUACUCCUCUCAGCCACCACCACUCAAACAGUCAACAGUCUCCUCCAGCGAUCAUUUUCGGACUUGACAUAGCUCAAGUGGCAGACGUCCACAAGAUCCCAAUCCCUACUGUACAUAUAUAUGGGAACAGAGAUCCGAGGAUGGGAUCUGCGUUGCAGCUGGCUGGAAUGUGUAGGCCUGACAAAACGAGAAUUGCUUGUCAUAGUGGUGGUCAUGAUAUACCCCGGACGUCUGAAGUAAGCGAUAUGAUAGCAAGGUUGAUUUUGUGGGCGAUGACAGAGAACGAGAAAGAGUGA